AUGUUGGAUCCGAAUAAGUUCUUCCAAGAAAGAUCAAUUUGUAAAUGGCAAGUUAUUCCUAUUGAGUUUUCUGGAAGUCAUUACUGCCCAGUAAAAUUAUUAAAGAAGUAUUUGUUAAUAAGGCCAGUAACCUCUGAUGAUAAGCCUCUUUUUUUUAUCAAAACAAGAGAAACAAUUAACAGUGGGGCCGUUGGGGCCACUGUUAAGAGAAUCGCCAGACAUGCAAGUCUGCGUGGUAGGUUUACUGCCUACAGUAUUAGGUUCGGUGGUGCUACUACAGCAAUGGAAGCAGGCAUGUCUCUAGCACAGAUCCGUGCUAUAG